CUUUCGGUGCCGCUAAGCGUGAUACAUCAUGGCGAACACAACGACUGCAUUAACUGUGGGUGGCAACAGAACAACUGGACAGUCUGUCCGGACUCAAAAUGGUACAUUAAAUAUUCUAUAAUUUUAUAUGUUAUAAAGUUUGGGUAUAUUUACUACAUAGCAACUAAACUAGCUUUUAACAAGUUUUUUGUGAAAUGGACCUUUUUUGACAGAGACGAGAGUUCUGGACUAGUCCUAGGAAUUUUAGGAACGUUCCAGAAUUCAAUAGACUGAAUUAAUCUUAACGCAAUCAGCGGUGUUUUAAGUACGCGAUUAUAUGCAUUAAUAUCCCAUUAGAGAGAAGGCAGUUUAUUAUACAGAUGCUUCAAAAAAAGGAGUGCAAAACACAGGGAUUAAAUUGGGGAGAGUAAAUGACAAAAGGAGAGAGUGUGGUUAGAUACUUUGGUCAAAAAUUUAAACAUUCUGUAAAAAUAAACCAAUGGCAUAGUUGAAUAGAGCUAAAUUUUUACAGAAUUAUAACACCGAAAUUAUAUUUUUAGCUGUUGUAGUUUUAAAGUUAUGAAUUUUUAAAGUACGACUUGGUUUGUCAUGAAUUUUUAAAGUACGACUUGGUUUGUCCUUUUCUAACAUGGACUGCAUCUCCACUUUCUGUGACCUCAUUCCGCCGAUCGCGACAUGCGCGAUGACUAUAUAGUUUAUAUAAGGCUAAGGCAUUCCCUUAUCACUAAAAUACUGUUUAGGGUCAACUUAUUUUAAACUUUCAACUUUGGCACAUGAAUAAUUAAUUAAAGCUUUCCCUGACCAAUGGCCAAUGGUUUAAUAGUUUUUGCACACGGCAAACUCUUAUGAAUGAAACUCUGAGAUAGUACUACGAUAUAGCCCUUAUGCAAGUGGCUGUGAAUGGUUGCCAAUGACAACGUGUUGCACACGGAAAUUUCUGAUCAUUUAUAAUAUGGACUCUACAGUGUUUUUAAAGCUCAAAUUAAAACAUUCCAGUUUAAAUGUCUUCAAAAUGCAUUCUGAAACACAAGUUAUCAAAUAUUUUGAUGUAUAUAGUGGUAAUAAUUAAAUAUUUCUUAAGUAUCGGCAACUUCCGCCAUUAAAAAGGGGGCGUGGCCCACACAAUGUCGAAAUAAGGCUGAGCCCCUUUAUGGUGAUAUGGGUCACUGGGAGAAGCGUAGCGAACGUGGGACACGACCUACAUCAAUGAGAAUUGGCACAGAUAUAUAUCAAUAUCUAAUGCCUUACACGAUUUAAUAUGAAAGACAUGUUCCUUUUAUUUCACAAAAAAUUUUGUAUUCGAAGAUGCCUUAUAUAUACCAAAGAUUUUCAAAAUGAAGAUCGAUUGAAAAAAGCAAAAUAGCUGGAUGGAAAUGUAGGCCAAGAUGUCUUCCAAAUUAUAAGGCCGGAAACAGAACUCAAAUAUAUGUCGAAAGAACUAAUUUAAUAAUAAAUAGACACACACAUCGGAAAAUUAAAAACUCGGAUUUUUCGGCGCCGACGCCCAUUUCCGAUACAAAAAAAGUAGUAGUCUCCCUUGUUUUAUCGAAGUAUCUAGUGUGGUUUUAACUAUGACUACUCAGUGACUACUCAGGACUACUGUACUACAGUAGGCAUAUCGAUAAACGCUUGCGCAUUCAGUUUGCGCAUAUGGAAAAAAGACGCAAAAACUGAAGUGGCCAUCUUACAAUCGCAUCUACGGUGACCUCGGAUUUAUGCGUUUCACGUCACAGUUUCCUAUUUUUACAUUUAUUUUGUCAUCAAUUACGAUAAAUAUUUUUCUUCCGGUGAGGCACAUAUCUUUAGACCAACAUGCUUUAUCUCUGUUCUUUUUUUGUGUCACUUUGACCGUACGGUAAGCUAUAAAAAUGUAUAAAUACUCCGUUUUAGCAAUAAAAUGACAUUAAAACCUUUAAAAACGAGUUAAGCAUUCAAAUGGCAUGGGGAAUAACUUUGAAAUAGUCCAUAUUCUAUUUUCUAGGUUAAUAUAAACCUUUCUUAUUUUCAUUACGCUCUCAUCACGGGAGGGAAAAAAUAAAUUUCUCCAUAUUUUAUAUCUUCACCGGAAACUAAAUUCGCUCUAGGUAUCAGUGAAAAGAGAGUUUUAAUAUUCCAUAAUCUUUUAAUAUUUGAAUAAAUCUAAGUAAAUUGUAAUUUUAGAAUACAGAAAUCGAAAAUAUACAUAAAAUCUAAUAUAAGUUUUCUCCCACCUACUAUUUAUAGACCUACUACUAGAAUUUAACUAUAAUUUAUAAGUCUAUUCUUCUAAGCUUAGCCACUAUCUCACUAAGCCUAAGUUUUAAGUACCGGUACUAUUUACUAAUAUUAAUAUCUAAUAUAAUUAUAACUAUUAAUAUUAAGCCCCAAAGUUUUAUAAGCUAAUACUAAUACAAAUUUUCUAAUACUACAUAAGGCCUAAUUUACAUAUUCAAAUUGUUAUCAUAUUGAUAAUUUCAAAAAUUGGUAAAGAGAAAUUAAAAUAGUUCUAAUUUAAAAAGAAUAAUUAAAUAUUAAUAAUAUAUAGGGGUGUGACGGAAUCCGGUUCCGCCAGAUUUUGCACUAUCCGGUGAAAUCCGGUUCCGCUGGAUUUACAUGUAUCCGGAACAACCGGAAUCCGGAAUAUACCGGAUUUCGGAAUUUGCCAGAUUUUGUGACUCACCGGAUCAUAAUCUGAAAUAAAAGUAAUUCUCUUUCCCGAAUUCCACACAAUCACGAUACAUUAAUCGAUUGUUUCGAGCGUUGAGCUUGUUUAAUGUUUAAUAUUCCGAACAUACCAGAGGCUAGAGUCAGCACCGCUAAUAGUGGCCAAUACUUUGAUAAGAAAAUUUAAACUUUUUGUAAAAAUAAACCAAUGGCAUAGUUGAAAAGAGGUAAUUUUUUAAAGAAUUAUAACACCAAAAUCAUAUUUUUAGCUGUUGUAGUUUUAAAGUUAUGAAUUUUUAAAGUACGACUUGGUUUGUCAUUUUUUAACAUGGACUGCAUCUCCACAUUCUGUGACCUCAUUCCACUGAUCGCGUCAUGCGCAAUGACUAUAUAGUUUAUAUAAGGCAAUGCAUUCCCUGCCUUAUCACUAAAAUACUGUUUAGACUUAGUUUAAACUUUCAACUUUGGCACAUGAAUAAUUAAUUAAAGCUUUCCCUGACCAAUGGUUUAAUAGUUUUUGCACACGGCAAACUCUUAUGAAUGAAACUCUGAGGUAGUACUACGAUACAGUUAUGCAAGUGGCUGUGAAUGGUUGCCAAUGACAACGUGUUGCACACGGUAAAUUCUGAUCAUUUAUAAUAUGGAUUCUACCGGGUUGUUAAAGCUCAAAUUAAAACAUUCCAGUUUAAAUGUCUUCAAAAUGCAUUCUGAAACACAAGUUAUCAAUUAUUUUGAUGUAAAUAGUGGUAAUAAAUUAAUAUUUCCUAAGUAUCGGCAACUUCCGCCAUUAAAAAGGGGGCGUGGCCCACCCCAUGGCGAAAUUAGGUUGAGCGAGCUGCAUGACCUGCUGCGAACGCGUAGAAACAUAGCGUCUCUCGUAAGACACUUAUCGCUGUGAAAAUUGGCAUACGUGUAGAUCAAUAGAUUCCCCAGAUGCAAAAAAAAUUUGGUAGUGACAAAUUUUUUCCUUCGACUUAAUUUUAAUGAUGAAAGUUGCCUUAUAUUUACCAAGGAUUUUCUCAAAGCUGACUGAUGAUAAAUGAAAAAAGUAAUUGAUUAAAAUGUAGGCCAAGAUGUCUACCUAAUUAUAAGGCCGAAAACGGAACUCAAAUAUAUAUCGAAAGUACUAAUUUAAUAAUAAAUAGACACACACAUCGGAAAAUUAAAAACUCUGAUUUUUUGGCGCCGAUUGCGAAUUCCCAUACACAAAAAGCAGUAUUCUACCUUGACUUACCGAAGUAUUACCAAUAGUACCGGAAUCCGGAUCCGGCGGAUUUCGCAUAAGAAAAUCCGGAUCCGGUUGGAAAAAAACGGAUCCGGCACACCCCUAAUAAUAUAUAAAAGUUUUAUUAAUAUACAUCAUUAACAAUACUCAAACAACAUCAUCGUAGCAAUUAUAUUUUUAUUAGGACAUAGAAAAGCAGUACACGGACAAUUAUUUAAUAUAUCAAAUAACAUUUUUGAACUUAGUCUCAUCAUCAUGGCAUGGACAUGCCAUGGAUGAUUUUAUUUUAGUAGUUUUUAUUUAUAAUUACAUGCGUUCAAUAUUAUAUAUAAAAAAGACUUACUUACCUUUUAAUAAAUAGAAUAAUUGAUUUAAGAUUUAACACAAGCAUAAUAAAAUUAGUUAAAAUUCAAUAAACAUGUUUUUUUUUCUCGUUUUUUCCUGUAAAAAUAAUGAUUUUCCCAAUUUUUCUGUUCACUUUUUUUCUGAACAUACCCUUAAAUAAAUAUAUUAAAAAAUAAAAGUCUUGAUGUUAUAUAAAAGUUUUGUUGUUUAUUGUGUUGUAUAUUGCAUUGAGAAUGUGUCCUGAAAAUUUGGUAGCAUUAUCUUUUAAAAUCAAAAAGUUUUGGGCAAAAUAAGGCAGAAAUUUGUAAAGUGGGUCAAACGUUUUUUCAGUUAAAUACUAAGAUAAAGAAAGGGGUUUUAAAAAAUCACCAAAAAAAUCAUAACUCCACUUCUAUAAAAGAUAGAAAGAUGAAAUUGGUGUUGUUGUAAAGCUUAUAGCUAGCCCUUUAAAAUGAUUUAUCAUUCAUGGCUAUCGGACAAUAUUUAAAUUUUGUGUCAAAGUACCUAAUUACAGUGUCUACAGUGCAGUUGUAUGGCUGGUUUUGAGUUAGCGGUAAGGCCGACGAUGUGUUCCACGGAGAUUUCCCCAGGUCCAUUUCCGUCUACAGCACUGUCUACAGUGCCAUACGAACUAAGAUGUUUGUAUUUACAUAAUGCAAGUGAUUAAGUGAUUGUUUUCUUAUUUUAAAUAGAUACUUUGACACAAAUUUUAAAUAUUGUCCAAUAGCCACCAAUGAAUAACCAUUUUAAAGGGCUAGCUAAAAGCUUUGCAAAAACACCAAUUUCAUCUUUCUAUCUGUUAUGUAAAAAAAGUUAUGAUUUUUUUGUGUUAAUUUUUUAACCCCCCUUGUUAGUUUAUCUUUGUAUUUAACAAAAAAAACUUGUCACCAACUUUCCACAUUUCUGCUUUAUUUUGUACACAACUUUUUUAUUUUAAAAGAUAAUGCUACCAAAUUUUCAGGAGACAUUCUCAAUGCAAUAUACAACACAAUAAACAACAAAACUUUAUAUAAGAUCAAGACUUUUUUUUUUUAAUAUAUUUAUUUGAGGGUAUGUUCAGAAAAAAGUGAACAGAAAAUUUGGGAAAAUCAAUAUUUAUAAAGGAAAAAAUGAAAAAAAUAACAUGUUUAUUGAAUUUUAUCUAAUUUUAUUAUGCUUGUGUUAAAUUUUAAAAUCAAUUAGUAUAUUUAUAAAAAGGUAAGUAGUCUUUUUUAUAUAUAAAAUUGAACGCAUGUAAUAAUAAAUAAAAAAUACUAAUAUCACCCAUAAAACUAAUUAAAAGCAUACCCAUACAGGAGUAUGUCAUUAAUUAUUAAAAGGUAAUGGGGAUCUUCUGCCUGCCAUUUUCCGGAUAGAAUGCCCUAGAGGGACUUCUUUGUCUUGUUGAUGAAACCCACAAAUCUCUCCUUCAUAAACUUUGUCGCCGCCCUCUGCAUCCAAACGUUCCGCCUUAUUGGAAAUGGAAGGAAUUCCAAGUUUGCAACAGAAAGUUAAAAUUUUCUCUUGCACCCAAAAGAAGCUUAACAUUAAAUACUAAUCAUAUUUCUGAAUCUAUAAUACAAUUUUUAGUUUCUUUUUAAUAUUAUUCAAGUGAUGUUUUUAUUAAAUUUAUUUCUUUUUUUUGUUUUGUUUAUUUAAUUAGAAAUAUAUUAUUGUUGAUAUAAAUGUUAACAUUUUCUUAUGCCUCUGUCCUAGUUUAAUAUAAUUACUAUGAUGAUGUUGAGUCUUAUUUAUUUAUUUUGAUAAACUUGUUUUAGACUAAUUCAUAGAUUAUCUAAUUUUAAUUUUAAACAAGUCACAGGGACGCAAUUUUCAUAAAAAUAUAUGUAAGAAAAAAAAUUAAUUUUAGACUUAGAAGUGUAUCAGUAUCAGAAUGCAUAACCAUAUUUUAUUGGAAUUACAUUUGAUAAUAGUAUAUUUUUAAUAGUAGUAACAACUGCCUUUAUUGUGUUAUUAUCAUUAAUUAUAAUUUAUAAAUACCACUAAUAACUAGCAUUUACUAGUAGUAUUACUAUUACUACAUAUCUAGUAGUAUUACUACUAAUGCACAUAAUAAUUAUAUAAAUCAAGGGACAAAUCAAGUCCCGAAAUUCACCGGACUACACAAACUACAAUUAAUUUAUUUAAAAUUAUUUAAUUUAUUAAAUUGUACUUCUUUCUAAUAAUAUUGUAAAACAGUAAUUAGUCUACCAUGGAUUAUCAAAGAUGAACUAUUUUGAAUCAAUGAAAAUAUCUUUAAGUUAAAUUGGUAAUAACAACCAUUUUCGAAAGCCCACUUUUUUGGGGGGGGGGGGGGGGGGCUCGGGUGACUACUAACAAUUUUAUUUUCUUACACCUUCCAGUUGGAUUGGCAUAACUUUUGUGCGUUUAGGCUAAUUUUAAUGAAGUAAAGUUAUUUAACUGUGUGAAUGAAUGAAGCAGUAUUGAGUUAAGCCACUAUGCGUUUGAAUUUUACAUUAAAAAGUAAUAAGCAAUUAACAUACAUACCGAUGAAAAAAUUAAAUGCGAUACCGGAAUACCAAAUAUGGUAUUCCCGUGUUCGGAAAAAUAUGUGCUCUACGUCACCAAUAAUUUAAAUACUAUUAUUAGCAAACUGUGACGUACAACGCAAAAAAAGACACCCUCGCUAUGCCGUAUAUUAUAUUGCAGCACAAGUUUUUGCGUUAUUUUCGGACCUGCGCAAACUGUGCGCGGGCGGCAUCGAGGUGCCUAUUUUAAAUUUUUUGUUAACUUUGGGAGGGGUCUCUCCCCUCCCCAUUUCCUUGAAGAUCAUUCCAAAUGCAAUUUAAGCAGUAGUCUUUUGUUACCUAAGUUUCAACAUACGGGUAUUUUCAACUAAUCAAAAUACAUCAAUUUUGGCAGGCGUCUUUUUUUUCAAUGCUAUUGGGUAUCAGAAAGGAUGUGUUCCUUUUUUCCUUUCUUUUGAAACGUGUUCAUUGAAUUUUAAUACAAAUUAAUUAUUAAUGGAAAAUUUCAUUCAAAGUGACGUCACUUUAGGGAAUCCCAACACUGCACUUAGGCUGAUAGACCUAUUCAUUGUACAACCUGAACGAUGCAUGUGAUAAUAUUCCUGUUCUUUGUUGAGCAUUAUUCACGUCAUAAACGAUAUGGUUAAUAUAAAGUAUAUUAAAAUGAAAUUUUACUUAUAGGUAAUUUAAACAAUAAUAUUUUUAUUUGAGGUUUAAAAACCUGGUGGAACAGAGUCCAUAUUAUAAUAUAUAUAAUCAACAUAAUUUGCCUGCAUAUAUAAUAUAGGCAUAGGUAUACCGUACAGAAUCUGUUUGAGUUUUAGACCGGUUCAUACUUAGAUACUAAUUUUGAGUUCUUUCUCUGAUUUUUGUAACAGUCUACCACUACCAUGGUUAAUUGUUAUCAAAUUUUGUGCAAAUAUUGGUUUUGAUAUUUAAAAAAAAAACUUUUUUCUUUUUAGUUCUUGCUGCUAUGUCUAUUGCCAACAUAGUAAAGAGUAGUUUGGGACCUGUAGGACUUGAUAAAAUGUUGGUGGAUGACAUAGGGGUGAGUUUUCACAUUUUUAUACUAUAUCGUUUUGAUAAAACUUAAAAACAGGAAUAUACAACUACAAAAAAAAACGUUCUGACGAAUUAUCAAAUUUUGCAUAUUUGUUUGGCACUACUAUCCCAUCUCUAAACCAUCAUACCUUUUUUUUUUUCAUCAGAAAAUGGUAAGUUUGGUAUGGAAUUAAAGGGGAAUGUAUGCCCUUUAUAAGCAAACCAGACUUGGGUUUAAAUUUUAAUAUAUAAAUGUGAUUAUGAUUUAAGGGGAAAUAAAAACAAACAAAAAACAACAACUUACCAACUGUUCACAAAACGCUAAUUCCAAGUCUCACAAGAAGAGAAAUAUAUAAUCCAAAGUGUAACAAAAAAAAUUGUUUUUCUGAACUAUAUCCAUAUGUGCAUUACAAAUAAUAAAGAUCACAGUCACACAGCACUUUAUCCAUUAUCACCGUCACACAGCACAUUAUUCAUUGUCACAGUCACACAAAAAAUUAAACACCAGGGCACAUUAUCCAUUGUCACCAUCACACAGUACAUUAUCCAUUGUCACCGUCACAUAGUACAUUAUCCAUUGUCACCGCCACACACAAAAUUUGUGAUAAUAAUAACUAUUUCCACUGGAAACAAUUUGUUGUUGUUAUAAAAUAUUAGCACUGUAUUCUUGUAUUUACUAACAUUUAUUAUGGUAAAUGGAAAAUUUAACAUAAAUUUGUCAUAUCUUUUCAACUUGGUUUAGCUAUGGUAAGCCUAAAAAACAAUCCAUAUGGAUGUGCACUUUAGCUGGGGGAGGGGCUGGUUGUGCACUUUAGCUGGGGAGUUGAUCAGCUGAUGAAUUACAAAUUUCAUUAUUUCGUCACUAGUACUACUAAUACAAGUACUAGGAUUUUAAUUAUACGAUUCAACAGAAUCAGCCUCUGCAUUUGAAAUCAUAAAAUCACUGAAUCAACAUCAGAGUAAUAUUUUCAACCUUUAUUACAUCAAUCACCAAUUUAUUUUCAUACGUUAAAUUGUUAAAAAUGUUGUCUUUUAUGUGUGCGCUAAAAUUAAUAAUUACUAUGACAUAGAAAACAUUUCCAUUAAUAAUCAAUACAUUUUUUUUAUUUUGUCAAAACAAUAACCGUUUAAAUAGAACUUCCAACCAGAACCUGUUUUUUUUUUCAUUAACGACCCUGAAGUGGUAGAUUACCAUACCGGUAAUCAAAAUUUAUAGUCGAUCUUUAAAUAAUUUUUUAAACCAAAACACUUGAAAUUUUCUUUACACAUGCUAUCCACAAUCAACAAUAGCCAAAAAGCUAAUAAGAGUAAUGAGCAGUAGUGUAGGGGUUUAAGGAAAUGACCCCAUACAAUUUUAUAAAUACAAAUUUAUUUUAUUUCUAUUAAGGAUGUCACUAUUACCAAUGAUGGUGCCACCAUUCUGAAACUGCUUGAAGUGGAACACCCAGCUGCCAAAGUACUUGUAGAGCUGGCUGACUUGCAAGAUCAGGAGGUUGGAGAUGGGACAACUAGCGUGGUAUGCUGUUGUGUAUGAGUGUUUAACGAUUUUUAUGGAGAUGAAUCUGAGGCUUAUAAACUUGAAAUUUUAAUAUUUUUAAUAACUAAUUCUUAAGGAAACAGUUAAUGACUGUUAUUAAUUAUCCCACUAAAUCUGUAAGUUUAAAAAUAGUAAUUGCAUUUUAUAUUUAUUUCCUUAGGUCAUAAUUGCUGCUGAAUUAUUAAAAAAUGCAGAUGAGCUGGUCAAGUGUAAAAUUCAUCCUACAUCUAUCAUUGGUGGUUAUAGACUGGCUUGCAAGUAGGACAAUUUUCACUAAGCAACCACAUGCAUUAUAUUUUAGAACAUCAAACUAAAUUGUAUUAGUUUUAAAAUGUCUUAUUAUAUUGCUUAUGGAUUUAAACAGAUUGUGCAUUUGUUUAUUACUUUACCAUUUUUCAAUAGAGAGGCUGUUAAGUACAUCCAGGACCAUUUGACUAUCUCUGUGGAUGAUUUGGGUCGUGACUCCAUUGUCAAUGCUGCAAAAACCAGCAUGUCCAGUAAAAUUAUUGGGCCGUAUCCUUUUUACACCUUGAUCAAAGAAGCUGUUUUAUAAGAUUUAUAUCACCAUCACUGUUUUGUUUAAUUUUUUUGAGUGCCAUACUACCAUUGACUCUUGUUAACUUUUUUUUCCUUAUUUAUAAACAAUUAUUUACUUUAACCUCAUGUACAGUGAUGCUGAUUUCUUUGCAAAUAUGGUAGUUGAUGCUGCCAAUGCCAUAAAAACUCCAGAUGGAAAGGGGGGCUAUAGAUAUCCAAUUAAUGCAGUUAAUGUUCUCAAGGCGCAUGGCAAAAGUUCAAGGGAGAGUAUUUUAGUGAAUGGAUAUGCCCUAAACUGUACUGUUGCCUCUCAAGGUUUGUUCAUUAUAAAUAAUUCAUUUCUAAUUUUAAAAUCUGGUCUUAUGAUUUAUAACUUACUUAUUUAAAAUUGACUAUUUUGAUUAAUUAUAGAUUGUGAAAUGUUAAAUUUAUCAAAUUCUUUGGCAUAAGCUCUAGAAACAUUAUUUUUCAGAAUUAUAUGUGAUUGAAUUAUUAAAUGUGUUUCUUAUAGCCAUGCCCAAGAGUAUGCCAAAUGCCAAGAUUGCUUGUUUAGACUUUAGUCUACAGAAGACUAAAAUGAAACUGGGAGUUCAGAUUUUAGUGGAAGACCCAGCGCAACUUGAACUAAUGAGAAAAAGGUAAAGAACCUUUAAUACUGUUUAAGCUGAAAGUUUUGGAUGAAAAGCGACUAAUUGAGUAUCCCCUUACAACUUGCUUGUCAGCUUUAUUUAGCUGAAUUAGUAUAUACUAUGGGGAACAUGAAGUUUUGGACAAUGUUAGUUUUAUAAAUGAGCUGUCUAAAUCUGGUUCUAAUGUCUGACAUUGUCUACAUCUUUAAAAUUAACCUUCAUUAAAUUUGAUUAUAAAUGAGUUUGAAUCUUCUUUAACAAAUGAAGUCUGUAUUAGUCUUCUUUAAAAACAAAAAUUCAAGUUCUGGGAUUAUUAACAUAAGUACCGUAGUCAUUUAAGACUUAACUAUCAAGUUAACUUCCAAAAGCUGCUGUUAUUGCCAAACAUUCCUUAUCAUGUCCAGGUGCCGCUGGGAGCAUCACUGUUAGUUUCAUAGUAAAACUGGCUAUAUAAUUAUAUUCGAACUUUCAUUUUGGUUCAAUAUUUUAAUUUACUGGCAGGUAGUCAAUUAAAAAACACAAGAGACAGUCAGCUAUUUUGAGGGUAGUUAGCAAGUAUUUUACAUUGCAACUUAUGAUUACCAAAAGCAACAUACUGUAAAUAAGUUUGAUAUGUUUUUUAAUUUAUACAAUUUUUGUCUCUCUAAAUUGGGUGCGAAGUGCAUAAAUUAUUAGAAGUGUAAAUAGUAAUUAAAUAUUUUUGGAAUUCCAAACUUGAAGGUAAGUUGGAACAUUUUUAUAAUUUUUGAAUGUUUUUCCCUUGUAAAUAAUAAUUUAACAUUAACAAAAAUUUGAUUUAUAUGUAUCUUAAAGAAAAUUCAUUUAUAUUCAAAAUUGUAAAUUAAAGUACAAAAUAUGUUAAUAAUUAUGAAAACUUCAUCUGAUUUUUACAUAGCCUGCAUAUAGGUCAAUGUAGUUUACAAGAAAAUCAUCACAAUUUACUGUAAUCAUUUUUCAGCUUUUAGUUUAAUUUAUGUAAAAAAAAUAUUUUGAAGUUGAAGAAAAUAGUUCUUUAUAAUAAUAGAAGAAAACAGUAGCGCCUUUCAAAUACAUUUUGUGUUACCACUAUGGUAAUAUAAAUGAUAAAAAUUGUAAAAAGUUGAUCAUAAAGCAGAAGUAUUAAAAUGACCAAGCCUCGCAAAAAAAAAUUUAGAAACGCUGGCAUAGGUGAUACACUUAUCAAAGAACUGCUGCAUACUAUAUUGAACAGCAUUCCCCCAACAAUUGGCAGACCAUUGCAGGUCCAUGUGCCUUAUAUUGCUGGUCCACACAGCGUGAAUAUAUAUAGUCAAAUAAAAACAAAAUAUAAUUAAUAAAUUUGGCACCAGCCCAUGGGACAAUUUCAAAACUUGUGCACAGGUCCACCAAACUUAAAAUUUUUGGGGAAACGCUGAUAUAGAAUACAAGUUAUUUCAAUUCAAAGUAAUAUUACAAUAAUUUACAAUUAUGAACUUUCUACCAGUUUAUAUUAAUAAUUACUGUCAUUAGGUUAAAGAAGAGGGGAAGCUUUCUUAGCUAAUGUUUUAUAUGGAAAUAGAGAACAUUGGUAAAUCAAUGGAAAUUUGUAGCUCUCAGGCUUUCCUGUAAUAGUGAAAUAGAUAUAAUUUUAAAAAAAAAAUUGCCUGGACAAUUUGCAUGUGUUACUCACAUUUCAGCCUUUUUUUUGUGUGGUUCAUUAACAACAAUUUUUGUUGUGUUUUUUCUCUCCCUAAGUUGGAGUUAAGGUAGAUAAAACUUUUUUUGAGGUAACGAAAAAUCUGACCUUUAAAUAAUAGGUUAAAUAUCAGACUUAAAUUUUUUUUUAAUAUUAAAUAAUUUUUUUAAUCUUUCUUCCUCAGGGAAUCUGAUAUCACCAAGGAGAAAAUCCAGAAAAUCUUAAAUGCAGGAGCCAAUGUGAUCUUAGUAACAGGUGGCAUUGAUGAUUUGUGUCUCAAAUAUUUUGUUGAGGCAGGGGCCAUGGCUGUGAGGCGGUGUAAGAAGACAGAUCUGAAGAGGAUAGCUAAGGCCACUGGAGGUCGGUUUAUUUCAUUUAUACAUUUACAUUUUUAUUGCUGCUUUAAGUAUGCAGACAUUUCUUGUUCAAUUGAACUAAUUUUUAAAGAAGAUGUAUUAACAGGUUAGUUGUUCUAUAUUAUAAAUAGCUGCCACGCAUUUUAUUACUUUAAGUUAUUGGCACUUUUAGUCAAUUUUAUUUUUAUGUUAUGGAUAUAUUCCUAAUUUAACUGGUAGGGUUAUAAAUAGGGUUUCUCCUUUUCUUGGUUUUUACUAAUCCCUGAAAAUGGGAACGAAAGUCACCCUCAUCCUGGGAUAAAAAUUAAUUUAAUAAAAUAUAUAUUUUAAAUUGAAUUACACAAAAAAAGAGUAGGUUUUCAUCGUUUUAAUUGUUGUUGUCUUUUAAUAUAUGAACAAUAGUGUUACGGUCAGUUUUGAGGAUGGUCACUUGCUACUAGAUGUUUCAUUUUCAAUUGCUUAUCCCUUGAUAUAGAUAACUAGCUAAUAAAAUGCUUAUUAAGUUUAAAAAACACAAAGGAAUAUAACGGCCUGUAGAAAAAACCUUUAAACUUUAUAUGAGCUUUGCAUUUUUUUAAAGUUACAAAUCCUAGUUUCGAAUCCCCCAUGAAAUAUUUACAAGCAAAUGUUUCUAACAACUUGUAACAAAUGGGCUAUGUCAUCUAAUUUUAGAAUUAACUCAAAGCAAGGCUAAUUCCAUGCAUAUACUGAAACCAGUGGGCGUCAGUGGAUUAUAGAAUUUCACCAUGAGAAGCAAGUUUUUUUACAGCCAGCAAGUUGUUUAAGUUUAAGCUCAAUAAAACAAGUUUAAAAAAAGCCCUAAAACAAUAUUUACAUCCCUACUCAGUGCUUACCACCACCCGAAAAAUGCAUUUCAAAGCUAACCAGUUAAUUCCACCCAGUGGCGUAGGAAGUGGGGAAUGGAGAGGUGUUAAUUUUUUUCUUUAUGUGAAGGGUUGCAUUUUCUCCCAAUUGCUUUAGUUUUUUUCUGUUAAAAGCGGCAGCAAAAUUCUUGGUCCUCCCAGAGAGGCCAUAAAUUAGCUAUGCCAGUGAUUCCACCCCUUGCUGGGGGCAGCCCCAGACAAAGUAAGAAACUGCUAUCUUUAGGUUAUGAGUAAGACAAAAUACCCAUGCACUACUUUGACAUCAAAUUUGAAAACAAAACUCCAUAAUUAAAUAUGUAAAUGUGUUAUCAGAUUUUCUUUCUCACUUCUCAAAGCCACACUUUUGAUGACCCUUGCUAAUCUGGAGGGAGAGGAAUCUUUUGAGCCAUCCUACCUUGGACAAGCAGAUGAGGUCAUCCAGGAGAGAAUUUGUGAUGAUGAGUUGACCAUCAUUAAAGGGUUAGUUCUGAUAGAUAUACUGAUGUAAACAACUGUAACAUGCAUGGGUUUCUUUGUUCCCUUACAACUUCCUAGUAGGCUCUUAUUUGGCUCUGCUAGUAUAUACUAAUGGGAGACAUUAUGCAUGGACUUGUUUAGUAAGCUCCAUCUGGUUUUAAUCAUGUGGUAUAGCUGAAUGUGCUCACAAAUAUGUUUAGAUAUAAUUGUUUGAUUUCAUCUCUGUUAGCAUCCACUUUGUAGUUUAUUUUAAAUUUGAAUAGUUAACUUGUAGGUCAAGAAAAAAAUUAUCACAUGAUUGUUAAAGUUUUUUCUUUUAUUAUACAUAAUGGUACGGUUGAAUAUUUAACCAGAUUGUUCAAAGUCACAUUUUCAGGUAGAUUCUAACAAAAUAUUUGUUUUUAAAAACGAAUAGCAGAAAUGGAGGAAGAAGAGCUUUAUUGUACCGGAAUUUCAUGAAAAGUAUUUUUUUUAGAUUUGGGGGAAAAUAGAAAGUCAGUAUAUGUCAUUUGGGGAUAAAAUAAUUUUUGAUGUAGUCCUGUUUUGAAGGCUUAACCCACGAACUGUGGUCGGCCGAAAAAAUCGGCCGACAUUCUCGUUCUGUACUGUGGCAGCCGAUAAAAAACACGGUCUGAAAGCAAUUUCCAAUCCAAUAUUUAUCAGGAAUUAUAGCCACUUCCUUUUUAUUAAUAGUUAAAUCAUCUUCCGGUUCAAGCUGUUUCGUGGUAACGGGAAAAUAAAUACUUUUUAAUCAGAGUUUUAUAUCGCUAUUUUUUUUUAAAGCUAAAUUGGAUGACGCUAUGGCUGGGCCUCCAGUGCAAGAACUAAUAGAAAUAUGUUUGAAAGCUUUUUAGGAGAGGUUUUAAAAGAUACUGAUGUUGAUUUUAACAUUCCUCAUGACAAUAUCAGUUGAGAUUAUUCUUUUUGUGAAUUUUUUACUACUUAUAGUCAUACUGAAGUAGGCCUAAUGAGGCUACUGUUAGACUUCGAGCCAUGCCCGGCGGUUGGACAAGGACUGACUGAAUUUUAGUCACAGAAUCUACAGAUUAUAGUUCAGAACUAAUAAAUUUUAUAGUUAAACAAACCAAAUCAGUUCCACAGUUCAUUUUUAAAUGUUUACUAGUCAAUAAUAACUAUUUUGCCUUAGAUUUUGUAUUUUGUACUUGGUUUUAGCAGUGGCCCCAGUUUCUUAUAUAAAUGACCUAAAAUUACUAAAAUUGCUUUCAGAUGUUAAUUGCAAUCAAAACCUUGCAAACUAUACAUUUUCUGAAAGAUAAAUGAAUUGGCUACAUCAUUUAGAUUUUUGUUUUAAGUGUAUCUAUAAAAAUCAAUGAUGUUAUGAGCUCUUGAAAGCAAGACAUUUGGUUGAUUUUUUUUUCCUUGAGAAUUCCAAGGUCAAGGACACUGAGCAAAAAAAAAUUUAUGGGGUGGUCAAUAGGGCCAACUUUAUCCCCAUCCAUUUACCUUUCUAAAAAUAUAUAAUUAUUGGGGCAUUGUAUCAAUAUUUCUAUGUCAUUUAAUGCAAUUUCAAAUGUCACUCAAAAUGCUCUGAAAAGCUCCACACCACAGAAUAAUGCAUGUUCGUGGGUUAAGUCUACUAUAUUGUUAAUUUGUGCUCAAGCUUUUACUAAAACAUGACCUUUCAUCCUUGUAUCAUUCAUGUUUUUCAGUCGCUGUGUAUUCUUUGAGAUAAAUAUUUUGUCUUAAUUUUUGUAGUUAAAUUAAAAAAUUUAAUGUAGUAUGUUUUGUGGAAAUGUCAGGAAUAUUGUUCAAAUUAAUAGCUAGAAUUCAUUAUCUUUUAAACCUCCCUUACAACUUGCUGACCAGCUCAUUGUAAUCGCUGCGUUUGUAUAUACUACGGGAGACAGGAUAUCUGGGCAUUAAGACUUUUCAUAAACUUUUGGUUUUAAAUCAUUUGUUUUAUGGUGUAAACUGCUCACAAUGACUUACAACAAAUUUGAAUCACCCAAAGGUUUAAAACUUCAUAUAUUACUUGAAUUAUGUCAAAAAAGAUUUUUUUUUUUCUUAGGGUUCCAUUAUUUAACUUAACAGAAUUCAAUGCUAUUUUGAUACAUAUAUUUUUUAUUAUGUUCUCUAAUGGUUUGUUUAUUUUAGUCCCAAAGCCAGGUCAGCUGCUUCGAUAAUUUUGCGUGGUGCCAAUGAUUAUAUGGUGGAUGAAAUGGAAAGAUCUAUACAUGAUGCACUCUGUGUGGUUAAGCGAGUGCUUGAGUCAAAGAAGGUUGUGGCAGGUGGUGGUGCUGUGGAGGCUGCCUUGUCCAUCUACCUUGAGAACUUUGCUACCUCAUUGGUUGGUAUAGCAAUAAAUAGUUGUGCUAUGUAUUAAUUUCUGAGACAAAUCAAAUUUAUUGAAACUAUUUUUAUUUAGCAGACUGAUUCAGAAAAAGGCCAUUUUUAAGGACCUAUACAGACCUGCCAAGAAAAAAAAAUAUGUAGGGGGGUUGCACGCAGGGGGGAAGUGGGCUGAUGGACAAAUAUCGGUCGCGCAACUCUGUUACAGUGGUCAUGUGACUGGGUCGAAUUAACACUAGCUGGAAGAAUAUUUCGAGAAUUUAUUCACUUAUUCAUCCGGUCACUGGACAUGUAGGCUUAGACAUGUAAAAACAAAUGCAACACUUCCUGUCACACCCGAUUUUUUUUUUUUAUCGGUUUCGGAUUUUUAUGAAGGGUGAAAAAUUAAAAAGUUUGAAAAAUCGGAAUUUUAAUGGGUUUGUCGGAAUGAGGGGUAAAAAAUCCGUAUAAUUCCGACAAAAUCGGAAGGGUUGGCAGGUCUGCCUAUAUUAUCUAACAUAACAGAAGUACAGGAAUUGGUGUAUUGCUCCAAAUUUUAUAAUACCCGGUAUUUAAGCCUAAUUUUGCAGUUAGAACCAUUCAUUCAAAAUUUAAAAUAAAAUAAGUGUGUUUUUUAGUCUUUUUAUUUUUCGACUGAAAAAAGUGUAAAAAUACACAAUUUCAAGAAUUUGUAAAAAAAAAAAAAUAAUUUGUCAAUGACUUGCAUAAUCAUUAAGCAGCACAACAUGCACUUUGACUUAAUGGCAUCAAGAAACAUUUACAGAUGCUAAAAUAGGUGCAAAUGUACCCUCAACACGAUAUUUUAUUUAUUUUUAUAAGGAAAGAAGUAUAUGUUUGAAAAGUAUAGAAAUAUUAACUUAACAGAUGUCAAAUUUAAGUCUCAGGACAAUCCUUUCUGUAGCAUUGUCUUUGCUCCCGCCAUAGCACUGGUAGUAGUGACCAUACAUGUGUCGCCCAUCUAGUGCUAGCACCGUAGGUCUGGAAAUAGUGGUGUUUUUGUAAACAUUGCAGCUUUGCACCUAUCAUGUCCACUCAUUUGAUCUUAUGAAAUUAAAUACUUUAACUUUCCCCACACUGUAAAGAAAGAAAUAAAUUCUCUGUUUUCACCCAAACAAAAGUUUUUCAACUGGCUUUUUCAAAAUAAAAUAAGCAAGAAAGAUAUACUUUCUACACACCAGCAUCUGCUCUUUCUUAUGGUUGUAGAAUUAUUCGAAUAACUUAAAUAGACGAGAAGUCGCAGGCAUUUGAAACACCAUGGUAUAAAUCUGCCCUUGUGAAAACGCAAAUAAAAUUUGUAAAAACUGAUACUUUACACACACAAUACACUUUUAAACACAAGUUGCAGACACAAUGGUAACAUAUUUAGCCAGAUAAAGACUUUAUUCACAUAUAAUUUUAAAUGUUGUCCCUGUAUCACAACUAGAAGUGGGAUUUUUUUUUAAACCUAUAACUUUAUAAGGGAUUUUGGACUGCCUAAUAUUACUAAUAAAAGUACUAUGUAACAAAUAUAUGAAAAGUUUAUUCUUUUGAACAAUACAGAUGAUGGGAAUUAACUACAGAAUGCUAUGUUUUUUUUCUGUUAGGCAAGCAGAGAGCAAUUAGCUAUUGCUGAAUUCGCCCAGUCUCUCCUGGUUAUUCCCAAGCAGUUGGCUGUUAAUGCCGCCCAAGAUUCUACUGAUCUGGUAGCCAAACUUAGAGCCUUCCACAACACAUCACAGACACGUGCUGAGCACAAUGAUCUGAGAUGGUAAGUUUGAAAAAAUGAAAUUUACACUUUUAAACUGAGCCAGAAAACAGUCUAAUAAGCAUUGUAGUCUUCCUACGCUUAUUGAUGGUUUAAAUUUUAAAAAUAAAAUGAUUUUUAACAAAUCUAAAUGCGAAAUUUUCACCAUAAAUAUUUGUUUAUUGCAAUCAAUUUUUCAUUAUUACUUCUUACAUUUUGAAGUAAAAUGAUACUAGCAAAUUUUAAAAUCUAUUGCAUAUCUAUACAGGGUGGGACUUGACUUGUAUGAAGGUGUUGUACGUGACAAUAAAAAAGCUGGUGUCCUAGAGCCUGCCAUUUCAAAGAUAAAAUCUUUAAAGUUUGCAACAGAGGCUGCCAUCACCAUACUGCGCAUAGAUGACAUGAUCAAACUAGUGGCUGAGAAGCAAGGUGGCCAAUCUUACCAAGAUGCCUACAGAUCAGGAGCCAUGGAUGAUUGAUUUGUGAUGCUUAAGAAUUGUUUUGAUUGGAAUUAAGAGUUUUCUUUGUAUUAAACAAUCACAUUCUGUACAUCUGUUGCAUAGAAGAGAAAAUGGAAAUGCUCAUUUUUUUAAAGAGAGGCUUAUUUUGAGUAUGCGUUAAUUUAUUUGUUGAUCUAAUUUCAGUUGGCCACUUGAACUUGCUGUAACAUGAAGAAGGGGAUCAUUUUUAGCAUGGUCAUAACCGAGCAAAAAAGUCAAAGUUGAUCCUACAAAUAAAUGUUAAAUGAAAACUUCCCUUAUUAUACAAAAAUAAACCUGAGGCUGUUUAGUCUCAACUCUAAGAUGGCCACUAAUUUGUGAAAACUUUUUUUUAAUAAACUUAAGUCUGUAUUAGAAUUUGUGUGAAGCUUCCAUAUGCUUAAAUUAUUGAAAUUGUUUGCAUGUUGUUAUAUUAAGCAAUUAUUUUGUAUGUGACUGAGAGAGUUUUAGUAUUCAUUUGAAAUGUCAUCCUUGAUAUUUAUCAUUUUUCUACAUUCACACAUCUUUCAGGUCCUGUUUGCUAUGACUGACAAUUUUUAAAAAAUAAAUCGUUUCAAAGUAUUUUUUCCAAAUUAUUAGCGUGUAUUUUUAAAUGUAU